GAGCGUCCAGUUUAUCAAAGGAGGUCACAUAUAAAACCACCACCUACAGAAGAGAAGAAACCCUACUGUAAAACGGCGGCAGAUUCUGUACUUAGUCCUCUCCCUCAGGCAGCUCUUCUCUUCCAGAUCGAACAAUGUCUCUGGUUGCAAACGAGGAGUUUCAGCACAUUCUGCGUGUGCUCAACACUAACGUAGAUGGGAAGCAAAAGAUCAUGUUUGCCCUUACCUCCAUCAAGGGUAUUGGCAGGCGUUUGGCCAACAUCGUCUGCAAGAAAGCCGAUGUCGACAUGAACAAGAGGGCUGGUGAGUUGUCUGCAGCUGAGAUCGACAACCUCAUGACUAUUGUUGCCAACCCAAAACAGUACAAGAUCCCAGACUGGUUCUUGAACAGACAGAAAGACUACAAGGAUGGAAAGUACUCUCAAGUCGUCUCCAAUGCCCUUGACAUGAAGCUCAGGGAUGACCUUGAACGUCUCAAGAAAAUCAGGAACCACCGUGGGCUGAGACACUACUGGGGUCUCCGUGUCCGUGGUCAACACACCAAGACAACUGGUCGCAGGGGAAAGACUGUUGGUGUCUCUAAGAAGCGUUAAGCCAGUGUUCGUUGCUGCAGCUGGAUUGAACCUUUAAUAAGAACCGUUUUUAAGAUAAUUUGAACAAUUUUGCAAAACCCUAUUAUGUCGUUUAUCCUGCACUGUUUUUUUUGUUACAUUAUAAGAUAAUAUUUUGUUACCGUGUCUUUUCCAAUUAUCUAGUUUCAUU